AUGACCGAUCGAUUCGUUUUCGGCCGAUUUGGCCGUUGGGUCGCCUCGGUGCCUGUCGUCAAUCCGUUCCAUCGUCGUGAAUUUCCUCUGUUGACUGUAAAUCGGUCUACAGUCAUGAUACCAGCUGCGUUCAGCCAUACACUUGUCAAAGAACUGCCUCAAAAUCCCUACGAGGUUGCCGUGCUACAUUUGAAUUCUCUUCAAUCAAACGCAGUAACCCUUCAAAAAGUGCGAGAGAAACGCAAUAUUCUACAAGAAACAAAUAUUCCCAAUACAAUAUGUUUCCUGAAUAAAUGUGGAAUUGAAUUGAAUGAUCUGGAUCGUCUCAAUAUUGUGCAUGUAAGUGGCACGAAAGGGAAAAGGAUCAACAUGUGCAUUUGUGGAAUCUAUUCUGCGAAAGGCUGGCUUCCGAACUGGAUUGUAUACGUCACCUCAUUUGGUCCACGCUCGAGAGAGGAUUCGUAUCAAUGGAAAGCCAAUCAGCGAAGCGAUGAUGAAGGGUCGGAAGGCAUGCCUCCAUAUUUCAAGUUUCUCACUCUUCUCUCCUUUCAUGUGUUUCUUGAGGAAUGUGUUGAUGUGGCUAUAGUAGAAGUCGGAAUCGGUGGAGAAUACGACUGUACGAAUAUCAUACAGCAUCCUCUCGUAUGUGGUAUCUCCACUUUGGACAUUGACCAUACUACCAUACUGGGAUCUACCUUACCUUCUAUCGCAUGGCACAAGGCUGGUAUUUUGAAGAAUGGUUCGCCGGCUGUAAUGAGUCCAGCUUCACCAGAUGCUCUUGCCGUCAUAGAGAAGCGUGGUUUGGAACGUGAGGUUGAUCUCAGGACUGCACCACCAUACGAAUCUUACUCCUUUGCAACGGGUACCGUAUCGGCUGGGAUCGAUGGUGAACAUCAAAAACUCAACAUUUCUUUGGCUCUGCAGUUGGCAAGAACGUGGCUAAAACGAAUGGGACAUGAAGUGGACGUCUUUCCUGAAGCGCAUGAAAAUGAAUGGCGUAUCGGUGAGCCUUUUAAUGUUCCACAGUUGGUAGUGGAGGCCCUAGAGUCAUGUCAGUGGCCAGGUAGAAGUCAGGUUAUCGACACUGAUCGAAUACGUUUUUAUUUGGAUGGUGCACACACACCAAAAAGUAUGGAGAUGCAUUCCUUCGACUACGCGUUGUUUUGUCCAACAGCGUUGAAAGUGUCACCCGAUAUGAAGUCUGACCUCACUAACAUCAAUCAAGCACCAAAAGAUCAAAUGAUUCGCAGUCAGCAGUGUGCUACGGUUUGGAAAGAAAUCGGAUCAGGAGAGGUUUUCGUCUUCGACUGCAUAUCAUCCACUGUUCAGUGCAUUGAGCGUUUAUCCGAGGCGGAAACAUUGGAUGUGUUGGUUACAGGAAGUCUUCAUUUAGUCGGUGGCGUUUUGUCCCUUAUUGAACCUUCGAUGGACUGA